GCUCACGCUCGUGUACGUUCUGACAAGUGGGUGAUGGCUGCCUGACGUUUCACUUUCGUUGGAAUUUAGCGAAUUGGUCCCGCGUGUGCGUGCCCGAGAUCGCUGCGACGGGCGGUGGAACGGUGCCGGUGAUGAGCGCGCGGCUGCUCGGCUGAUCCCAUUCAAUCCCGAACGAGCGGCACGGUGGAAAAACGGCGGCAUUUAUGCCCGAGAGGAACACGGCCGGCGACAUGAGCAAGUCCGGGGAGGGCAAUCUGAGGCAUCUCCACUACCAGCAAUCGAUAGAGUUUAGUGGACGGGAGGAUCAACAUUCAGUUGAACUAUGUAGUACAGACGUGACCAUUACCCCUUCCCCUGGCGAUCACGACCAUGGUAGUUCUAAAGUAAAAUUGAAAAACAUCGUUGAUUUCACAUGGGAUCAUCAUCUUUACAGCGGCCAGUUGCUGGCUGUUCAUGUAUCCGGAAAAUAUUUAGCCUAUGGUUUAAAAGUUGGUACCGGUGGUGGGGUAGUUCGUGUUGUGUACAAGGAAUUAGAACAUAGAUCUCUGCUGCGAGGAAUGCGUGGUGUUAUUCAAGAUCUUGCAUUCGCCCAUGUUUCAAAUGCAAUUCUUGCGUGUAUCGAUUAUACAGGAUCACUUUUUAUACACACAAUUGAACCUACGCCGUCUGAAUUAUUAUGUAGUUUAGUAUUACAAGUAGACGCGGAAGAUGUAUCCCCGACUAGUCACCGAGUGAUCUGGUGUCCGUACAUCCCAGAGGACGAUGCCUCUGACGGCGAUGAAGUAUCAAAAUUAUUAGUCCUAACUCGUGGCUCCAAGGUUGAAUUAUGGUCGGUUGCGACAAUAGCAUCAAGAUUUAGAUCAGUGGAGGCAACGGAUCCAAGUAUUAAAGAAAGCGGUGGCAUGAUGGAAAUUGAUCAACACUCUGGGACUAUUGUCGAAGCCGCACUUAGUCCAGACGGUACUGCAUUGGCAACUGCUAGUACAGACGGAGAAGUGAAAUUCUUUCAAGUCUUCCUUCAUAGUAAUUCUCACAAUAAUCAACCGCAACCACGUUGUUUACAUCAAUGGAGGCCUCAUGGCGGACGACCCAUUUCCUGCCUCUUUUUUCUUGAUGAUCAUAAGAAUUAUCAGCCUGAUGUUCAAUUCUGGAGAUUUGCUGUGACGGGAUGUGACAAUAAUUCAGAACUAAAAGUAUGGUCGUGCGAAGUGUGGACUUGUUUACAAACAAUCAAAUUUGCUCCAAAUCCUUCCACGGGCAAAUUGCCGGUGCUAAAAGCAGGCUUAGACCUUAGUGCUGGAUAUCUAUUUCUAUCAGACAUAUAUAAUAAAAUUUUAUAUAUACUAAGUCUUACGAAGGAUAAAGGUGAAGCGUUAGCAUGCAUAAGCACGGUAUCAGAGUUUCUUCUGCCAUAUCCAAUUCUAAGUUUCGGAAUUGUCGAUGCCGAUCAACGUAAGAUACGGUCGACUGGCGAAUCGCUCGAAGAUCUGUGCGAAGAGAUUGAAGAGAACGAUGAACAACUUGUCAUUUACAUGUAUCUAGUCCAACCAAAGUCGUUACAAGAGUGUCACAUUGCCUUUAAACCUGCCUCUCACGCAAGUGGCAACUACCUGAUAAACACGCUCACUCACGUUUCGCUGGAUUAUUCCGAAGACAUACCAGACAUGGGAACCGCUACUCACAACGGCAUGUCCGGGGAAAAUUGCGAGAAAGAAAAACUGUCAUUAUCUACUACAAUUGAAGCGACAAUUAAUCAUAGUGGUGGUGGCUUAAACUUAAUGACACCCGACGCAUUCAGUUCACCCGCAAAAAAAGAGAACACCGAAUUGGAAUCUAAUCCCGAAAGUCCGGAUUUGAGGAAAGUCUUAUCAAGCAGUCCACUCGCACAAGCGGUGCAAGCUUUAAAUGCAAGUGGCAAUGAUCCGCCGCUCGGAAAGGAGGACGAGAUAGAAGAGCAAGCGCCUGCCAGCUGCGGAAGCAGUCCGUCUAGAGAAGUGAGAGAGAUCUUGUCUCUCUCUAAAGCGGACGAGGAAACUGAUAUCGACGGCAAGCCGGAGACGAAGACGAACGCCGAUGAGGAUUGGUCUAAUAUCCCAAUGGUCUUGCUUAAGGACGUUAGUGUGCACGCGAUGCAAGAGCCCCAAGAAUUUCCCGAAGACGAUGAGAACAACGUGCCAAGGCAGAAGACGAAGGAUGAACCGAACGCGUCGUCCCUUCCCGCCGACGAUCCUGGAACGUCAUGGCGAACAAACAACGAUAUUGAACUGAACAACAAACUGAAAUCUAUCUUAGAGAUAAUUCAGGAUCAGUGUCAAGAGCUGAAGGAAUUACGCGCGGAGGUUACUAGAUUGCGGCAAGAAUCGCCAGUGUCCGCGAGAAUAGAGUCCGCGAUGGCGAGAAUGUCCCAGCAGCAAAAUGCCAACUUGGAACAAACUCUGUACGAUCAAAUGACACGUCAGCAUGAAUUUCUAAACACAUUUGAAACAACGAUCAAAGAUAAGAUUGAAAGUACUUUACCGCGUAUAGUUGAAGAUACGAUAAAGCCUUUGAAACACCAAAUGAGAUUGGACGCAAAUCAAAUGGACGAGCUCUUCCAAAAGAACGUAACUGAAUUGAUAAACAGUUCACACGUAAAAGACACCUUAUCUCUGACAGCUGCGAACGCAGCUAAACCAGCCCUGGAUGUUGCCUUUAAGGAAGCCUUCACAACUGUCCUCUUACCUAAUAUGGAAAAGGUUUGCCAAAUCAUGUUUAAGCAAAUCCAGGACGUCUUUGCCAAAGGUACUCGCGAAUAUCUACAACACAUCGAUUCAAUAAUCGAUAAACAGUAUCAGCAUCAUAAUGAGCAGCUAAGCGAAAUAUUAUCAACCGUGAUACGUGAGGAGAUGCAGACUGAAUUGAAUAGAGUUUUAACGACGAUGCAAGAUAAUACCUUAAGAGCAGUUCGCGAUUCCAUACGAGAGAAUCUAAAUCAGCAGCUUACAGAAAUUUCUAGCGCACGAUCAAGAGCCACAACCCCUGCUAUACCUGUAACCGCUGUAGCUGAUGCUCAAUCACGUGUCAUGUCCCUACUUCAAAGAGGUCAACUAAACGCCGCUUUUCAACAGGCUCUGAGUGCAAGUGAUUUAGGAUUGGUAGUACUAGUGUGUGAAAAGACAGAACCUUCAAGAGUAUUUUCGUGUACGGGACAAGGUUCAAGAUGCGUCUUACAGCAACCCGUGAUUCUUUCUCUUGUACAACAGUUGUCCGCUGAUUUAGGACAUCGCACAGAAUUGAAGCACAGGUGGCUAGAAGAAGCAAUCUUGAAUUUAGAUCCAACCGAUCCUGUAACACGAGAACAUAUGGGCACGGUGCUAAUGACUCUACAAAAUCAAUUAGCUACAUUUGUAGCAAGUAAUCCGAAUCAUCGAUCGACGCGCCGCAUGAAAAUGCUCGCUAUGGCUACGCGCGCACUAUUAAAUCAGCAUCCUUGACCACCACGUUUGUGAGAUUAUUCAAAUAUAUGAUGUAAGAUUUUUUAUUUUUUGUUUAAAGGUUACUUUUGUCUAAAAGCAAUAUUAACAAAAGUCAUGUUUAAGACUGGCAGUAAUUUUCGUCUAGAAUAUAAAGCAAAUAUAGAUAUGUGUGAGGCACUCACACUACUUUAACAUUCAGAUUCGAUUUAAUUUUAUUUAAGAGAUAACACACGUGUUUAAUAUGCCAUGAAUCUUUAUUCAUUUUCUUAUGCGCUUAAAUGCUUUCAUGAAAUUUUUAAAAUAGUUUUUACAUAAACUGUAUCUAAAUAAUAAAAUUGAAAAAAUGAAUUAAAAUAAGAAAAAAAACAUUCUUAAGUUCAGCACAAUGUUGAUGAUCUGAAGAUAGAUUAGUAUUAGAAAAUGGUCAGUGCUAAUGCUGAAAGAAAAUAAUUUAUAAUUUUUCUGUUUCAUACUGCUAAGUUCUGCAUGAAUAGUGUUACAUCCUACAUGUGUGAUGACUAAAAUUAAUUUUCACUUGUAAGUUAAUAGUAAAUUUCUUUAAAUUUUGUAACCUAAUAUAGACAGUGCAUGGAUUUCAUGACAUAUUAUAUUUAAUCACUUGUAUGAAAGAAUGCGUCUGUAAAAAUUUUUAUUAAAAACCUUUAACUUUGAAAGCUCUUGGCUUAAUAAUUGUUUAAAAAUAUAAUUUUUUGACCGAAAAAGAUUCUAUUUUUGUGACUAGCGGUUUGUGAACUAGGAAAAGUCUAUAUUGGAAUAAAUAAUAAUAUACUACAUACUUGUAAUUCAACUGAAUGAGAGAUAAAGUUGAAAUUGUUUUACU